GGGCUUGAAAAGUAAGCCAUAGUAAGCCUCCUUCCUCGAGGAGGCUUGCAUGGCCGUAAAAGAAAAGUGCGACCGAAAGUAAUUAAAUUCACGUUGUAAACGAAACUGACCAUCAGUAUCAAUUAUUGGUUAGCAGCGGGGAAUCGGCGACCAACAGGCGGCAAUGGAGGGCGCAGAGGUGCUCGUUCGCGUGGCUCCUCCGACUGGACCAUUGGACGCUGGCAGGCGCACUUGUCCGUGGGGUGAUCCGUCUUCGAGGCCGCAAGAGAACGUCUCCUUCGCGGACGUGAUGAGUGAACAGCUUGCCCGUGCCUUGGAGAAUGAGGAGUUGGCGACCUCAGUGCAGGGUGACCACCCGGCAGUGCCUUGUGAAGCUGCGGCUGCAGCAGAGGUGUUUGCAUCGCCAGAGGACUGCAGUGACGACCAUGCUCUAGCACUGUUGCUGCAAGCCGAGUACGACCGUGAGCAUGACACUGUGCUGGGUGUGGAGGAAAAAAAAUUCAAUGGAAAGAGCAAAGUGAGUGUGUCAUUCGACAACUACCGACGAGCACGGGAGCCAGUGCUGUCGGACUCUGAGGAUGAAGACGAGGAUGAUGGGCUCGACGGUGGCCUGGGAUUGGGGGGCAACCGACACUGGGACUCGUUUGAGCGAGACCAACGUGCAGCGCAGGCGAUUGGCCGCUCUGGUGUAGCACGUCAGCCUGGCGGAGGCUUCACCACCAAGCAUGAUGCCACUGUCUGUGGACGUCGCAAUGCGUGCCGGGUGAUGGAGCUGCCCCCUGGCAUCUCAACGGGGGACGGUGGUGGUUUCGACAUGCGUCUGUCCAAUCACGUGUACAAUUCUCUCAAGGUGCACUCGGCCCAGGAAGGGCGCCGGGCUGCCCGGCUACACGACAAGCGGGAGAAGGCCACCGCUGAGCAAUCACUGGAUCCCAACACACGACUGGUGCUCUACAAACUGCUCAACAGGGAGAUCCUCUAUGAGAUGAACGGCUGCAUCAGCACAGGCAAAGAGUCUUGCGUGUUCUAUGCUGUUGGGGGAAAGACUGAGGAGUUUAAGGUGCCCCCGGAGUGUGCAGUAAAGGUGUUCAAGACAACGCUGAACGAGUUCAAGAAUCGGGAACAGUACAUCCGUGAGGACUUCCGUUUUCGAGAGCGCUUUAACAAGCUAAACCCACGGAAGGUCAUCCAUCUCUGGGCAGAAAAGGAGAUGCACAACCUGAGAAAGAUUGAGCGUGCCGGUCUGCCCUGUCCUUCAGUGGUGCUGCUCAAGAAGCACCUGCUGGUGAUGUCAUUCGUGGGUGUGGACGGUGUGCCAGCCCCACAACUGCGAGAGGCAGCUCUGGUGGGGGAGCAACUGGAGAGCGCGUAUGCGCAGACAGUGCAGCUGGCCAGCGACCUGUACGACUGCUGCCAGCUGGUGCAUGCGGACCUAAGCGAGUACAACUUGCUAUGGCACCAGGGCCGGGUGGUGAUCAUCGACGUGAGCCAGGCCGUAGACCGCAUGCACCCGCACGCGCUCGAGUUCCUCCUGAGAGACUGCACCAAUGUGUCUAAGUUCUUCCAAAGACAAGGCCUACCUGACGUCCUGAGCCCCAAGGAUCUGUUCACGCGCGUCUGUGGCCUCAACCUGCCUGGUGAAGGGGCUGAAUUGCUUUCCCAGAUUCAGAAUUAUGAGAAGAACAAGGAGCUGCUGACAAAGGAAAACCAGCGGAGAGCAGAUCUCUUCAACACACUGUUCGAGAAGGGGAAGAAAUCAAGGAUAGGCAACGAAUCUGCUGCCAAGCCAGAAGCAACCGGAGAGCAAGUCAGUCAGACGGCACAGUCUGACUGACAGCCAAGCCUGCAACCUAUUGCCUUUUGUUUCUUUCUUAGAUUUUUUAUCACUAUGUCAACUGUGACAAACUAAAGUGUAAAUAAAUUUAGACUCUAGUGAUUUUGAGA